AUGGAUCAACGACAACAACAACUCGAUGAUUUACAUCAAUUGUAUCAUCAAUAUGUAUUGCUCGAUGAAAGUCUUCAAGGAAUUUUCAAGAGAAACAUGUCCGAGCAAAUCACUGCAGCCACCACAAAAAUUAAACAACAACAACAUCAACAAUCCGCCAUCAUUCCAGCUCAUAAUUUCAAUAAUUAUUCUAAUAAUUCGAAUCAUUCUACCAAUAAUAUUAAUUCACACGAAAUCAUCCUUCAAACGACAGAUUGGAAUGUCCCAACAGAGGCCACUUCUUGGUAUUCAGAAGAAGAUGACGUCACAUCAAUACCCAUUCCCAUCAUUCAAACCACAACAGAAGAUGUUACGAAUAAUAAUAAUUUGAACAAAGAUAGAUUCAAUUAUCUCAUUGAUUUGCAUUAUGAUGAAUUAAAAGUUAGAAAAUGCUGCUCAUUGUUAGAAGCAGUUGCCAACCAGAGAGAAUCCUAUUCACAUCGGAAUCACAAAUCAAAAUCGCUUCGACUUUGUUUCACGAAAGAAAUUAUUCCAUCAUUGGACGCAUGGUGUCAAAUCAAAGUACCAGGUUGCUAUCAUAUUGGAAUUUUCAAUUUUUUCAUGAGGAAUUGUUUGAUCAAGAAUCAUGACAAGAAUACAGCAUCGACGAAUAAGGACAUGAAUCAUGGAUAUGAAUAUUGUGAGGUUCUGCCUAAUGUGAACACUCGAGGAGAUUAUCAAACAGCAUGUCAACCCUAUCCUAAUCAUAUUCCUAUUAAGAGAGUUCGAUUGAGUGAAGGAUGUUCGUAUCGUUUCAUACCUCGAGACUCUGUUCAGGUCCAUAGAGAGAGGGAUGAAUCAAUGAUGAAUCAGGUUGAGUUGAGGCAUGAUUUGGAUCAGAGUCGAUUUAUCAAAUUUAAGGAUGAAUAUGAUAAUGAAUUAGAAGCAGAAUUUUCAAGAGAUGACUCGAGUUGGAGUGGUUGUGGAACAAUGAUUUUACCUCUUCUUGCUGAGGAAGCAAUGCCUGAACAAUUGCAUGAGUACAUGUCUGAAUGCGAAGAAAAGACAAAAGCUUAUGGUUGUUAUGGGGUUUAUUUGAGUGGAGAAGCGAAUACAGUAUACUCCACGGAAAACAACUCAACGAAAUCAUUCGAGUGGAGAGGCUCCAUAUAUUUCUAUACCGAGUCUUAUGCAGAAUCCAUUGGUUCUUUUGAAAUGAGGUUGAUUCGAUAA